AUGCAAACCAUUUCGGUGAGCAAUUGCCUGCAGGACUCGCCCAAGUUCAGGACGCAACUAGAUCGUCAUGAGUCCAAUAUUGAUUUACUAGAACAUAGGUUAGAAAAGGUUGUAAAAGUAUACAGUCUUAUGAUUGAUUCUGGGAAGACAUAUGUAAGUCAACAAUCAUUAUUUGCAAAUAGUUUGUGGGAAAUGGGACUCUGUUUCCGUGAUGACACAUCAUCAACUAAAAACUUAAAUAAAAUCAUUCAUGCUCUUCAAGAAAUGAACAAAUUUUUAACAACAUUCCUGGAUCAGGCAUCUCGAACCGUUUUGAACAACUUAACAGUAUUUGUUAAAGAAGAUAUUAAAGCAAGUAAAGAAUCCAAGCAUGUAUUUGAAAAGGCAACAUAUGAACUCGACGCUGCCCUAUUAAGAAACUCCCAGGUACUAAAAUCUCGUCCACACGAAGCAGAUGAACUACUAAGUCAAGUUGCAUCAGCAAGAAGCUCUUUUCGUCAUGCUGCCUUGGAUCAUGUGCAUUGUAUUACUAUGCUUUUAACUAGGAAAAAACCUGAAAUAUUUUCAACACUAUUAUCUUAUAUUCAAGCGUGGGGAACAUAUUUUCAUCAAGGUUUUACACUAACUGAAGACUUACAAGAUUUUAUACAGAGUCUGAACAAAGAGGUAAUUGUUAUGACUACCGAAGCAGCUGAAAUGGAAAAUCAACUAAGUGAACAUCACAAAUUGGUCGACAGCCAUGAUACGGUUAUGGUGAAUGGUGAUUGUGAAAAUGGUAGCAAGGACAAGGAUGUGACACGCAUUGAAGGCUACCUGUACAAGCGAACAAGUAAUGCUUUCAAAACAUGGAAUAGACGAUGGUUUUACUUAAAGAAUAAUCAGUUGGCUUACCGUAAACGAAAUGGAGAAAAUUUAUUUACUGUAAUGGAAGAUGAUUUAAGAAUUUGUUCUGUGAAACCAGCAUGUGAUGCAGAACGAAGGUUUUGUUUUGAAGUCUUAUCUCCAACUAAAAGUCACAUUUUACAAGCUGAUUCUGAGUAUGUAUACAAAUCAUGGAUAGAAGCUCUUCAACAAGGUAUUGAAGAUGCAAUACGUAAUAGACCUCAACAAAAAAAUAAUCAUAAUGAUGAUGAUUCUAAUGAUUUGAAUGAGCAGUUUCAAGUUCCAAAAAUUAAAAAGUCUAAAACGUUGGAUGUGCUUGUUAAAAUUCCGGGUAAUGAAAAAUGUUGCGAUUGCAAAGCACUAAAUCCAGAUUGGGCCAGCAUAAAUUUGGGUAUUACACUAUGUAUUGAAUGUUCUGGUGUACAUCGUAGUCUUGGCGUUCAUUAUAGUAAGGUCCGUUCAUUAACACUUGAUGACUGGGAGCCAGAGAUUUUGAAAGUUUUGGCUGAAGUUGGAAAUUCUGUUGUCAAUGAGGUGUAUGAAUAUAAUGUUCCUGAUACAGUUAUACGUGCUUCAGCAAAAUGUCUCGGCCCAAUUCGUGAACAAUGGAUUCGAAAUAAGUAUGUUGAUCGCUUAUUUGUGAAACCAAUACCUAAUAAUGAAUUGGUUUUGGAAGAAUAUAAUACAAGAAAAUGGAGUGUUCGCAAAGUAAGACGACGAGGAACUCAAUCUACAGUAAAAAAUGAGAAAAAAGAUAAUGUCAUGGUAAUUGGUGGUAAUACCAGAAGCAUAUCUUUAGAUGUUAUAAGUAGCGAUGAUGAUUCUACAAUUAGUGAUGAUGGAACAGAUGUUGUAGAAGAAGAUAUAUCUACAUUGAGGCCAGAUAUGCUGCUUUACCGAGCUGCAGCAGCACAUAACCUACCAGUGAUGUGUCAUGCAAUAGCAACAGGAGCAGACAAAAAUUGGAAAAAUCCAAAUGACAAUGGACGGACUUCACUCUUUCAAGCUAUACUCAGUGGUUCUGUGAUGGCUUGUGAGUAUUUGAUACUUAAUGCGUCAGACAUAAACAUUCAAGACGAUCAUGGCCAGACUCCUCUGUUUUUUGCUACACAAUUGGGCCAUACAGCACAAGUAUGUCUUCUUCUGAAACACAAAGCGAAUCAAUAUCUUAGGGAUCAUGAUAAUAUUGAACCGCUAGAAGUAGCCACAAAACAGGCCAAUGCAAAUAUAGUAACAUUGCUCAAAAUCAGCCGUCUAAAUGAUCAGUCUGAAAUUCCAGAAUCUUUCAAAGAUGCAGUACGUGAUUUCACACAACUUACAUUCAGCCCUUUACAUAAAUGA